AUGUCUUUCAGCACGAUGAAGAAGUCCACCUUGAAGGAGUUCUCCGAGUUCGACCUCAUGGCUCCACCACGCGAGCGAAGAGGACCAAGAAAGGACCCCAAGGACCUCCACAGCCCCGCAAUGUCGAGGGCCGCUGCAUCCGGUCCCAAGCGGACCAUCUCCUCCAACGAAGAGUUGCCGCCCAAGCCAGCUCCUCCCCCCGGCCAAUGUGCAAUAUUCAAUCAGACAACGCGAGAGUGGGAAUUCCGGCCCAAGAGCCAAAACGCCGGAAAGAGGUUCGCCCCCUCCUUCCCACCCAGCAACGAGGCCGCCCGCCUCAAGGAGGGUAUCCCGCUCCCGUCCUCGUCCUCGUCCUCCUCUGAGGACGAGCUCGAGGUAUUUGGAGUCCUCCCUGUCCGCAAGCGGCGGAACCAGAACAGCAGCGACGGGCCCGCCAUCCCCGUCCGGCCUCGCAAGGCCAAGAGCCCGCCAGCCAUCUUCCGCUCCCGCGCUGGCAUACAAAAGCCAGCCUCCACCACACCUCGCGGCUCCUUCGCCGCCGCCAGCAGCAGCACCAACACCUACACCAGGCCUCGUCCGUUGUUGGAGGUCGAAGAGCUGAAGCGCAGACAGACUUCCCUGCAACAGGAGCUCGAGAGCGUGGACGCCGGCCUGCGCCUCUUAGAAGCGGCGCAGAGGCAGGAGGAUGUGGUGGCUCAGCGAGAGACGAUGACCUACCAGCUGGCCAAGACGUUGACGAAGAGGGAUGCGUGCAGCAAGUCGAGUAAGGGAGGAGUAUGGUAUAUGGGAAGACGUUGA